UCAUUCUUAUAACUGGCUCUCUGUCGUCUCCAGCUCCAAUAACAUAUUAAAAUUCAAAAAUUGUUCUGUAUAAUAAUUGUCUAUAAGUUUUUAUUUUUUAAAUUCCAAGAAACACUUACACUCCGUUUCAUUGUUUGGUACCAGUGCAGUAAAUAGAAUAGAAAUAUGACUAAUAUCACCAGAUUUAGUCGCUUUUUUAGUAGCAAAUCAGCUGCUAUUACAAAAAUUCAUCGAAACAUUUAUCCACAACAUUACCUUACCAAAGUAAUUCAGCCAGAUGGUUCAAGUUUUACCAUUAGAUUCAACGAUCCUCGUAUGAUAAUUAAAUUACCUUUAGAUAUGAACUCAAUAAGUGAUGAAGAACGUAAACGCAGAUUGGAAGCAAGGAAGCCAAAACAAAAGGUUAAAAUAAUAGAGGAAUUGGAUGAUUCAUUUGACAGGACUAAGUAUCUAAAAUAUUUUAAAAAGUGAUAUCAAACAUGUUUAUAUACAGUGUAUACAAUUUGUACAAUGAAUAUGAAUGAAUGAUAAUUACUAUUAGAUGUAGGAUGUUCAAUAAUUAUAUAUGUAAUAUAACACAAAUAAAAUACAAUUUAAAAUUCAA